AUGUCCCGCUUGGCCAGUGCCGCGAUUGUCGCGUCCAUUUUGCCAUCUGCCUGGGCGAUCCGCUCGCGGACGUCACUUGAGGCUGAUGAUGAGGCUAUGGAAACUCCGGCUGCGAUGUGCCACGCCUCGGACGUUGAGAUGUGGUACUCGUUGGAGACUGGGGCGUUGUCGGAGAAAGCCGGUGACCUUGAAAGUCACCAGUUCCUGCAGCAGCUGGGAACCGGAGUGAAGCCGUCCGCGCUGAUGGCAUGCUUGAACAAGCACCGCAAGGGGGAGUCGGAGGGCAUGACAUGGAAGCAGAGUAAGCAGAGCAUCCUUGAGACGUUGAUCACUGGCAUGAACUCGGCGUUCCACGCCCGCGCCAAGACCGGCAUCUACAAAAUGUUGAAGUCCGGCUUGAAUAUGACGAGUCAUGGCGUAGACCACCUGCUGCAGUGGGCUUUCGAGCACACUGAGGGCAGGAACCCUUUCUGCAAAAAUCAACAGCAACGCUAUGAGGUCAUCGAUCCCCUGGGCACCGCACUGACCUCCAGCGGUGCCGACGAGAAGGAGCACGCAGAGGUGAAAGACGCCGAGUCCGCGAGGUUCCAGGAGACGCACAUCGUGGAGAAGCUGACGCACAUCGUGCAGCGCAGCGUGUCUGGGCUGCUCACAGCAGGCUGCACGACGGGACCCUACAACACAGGCGAACCGAGGCGCCUCGACGUGCCAGACGACGAGUCGCUGCCGCCGGUGGUGCGCCGCACCUUCGAGCUGCUGCAGGCUGCUGCCCUGCACACGACGAGUCGGCAGCACAUCUAUGCCAGCCUGCUGCUCUCGACCUUCCUUGACUACACGAAGCGUAUGAAGCUAAACCUGACGAGCAUCGAGAUGCCGCCAGAGGCGCAGAAGAUGUGGGACAUGCUCGGGUCCGUCGCCAAUGCAGAGCUGUCAACACGCUUCUACGCGGAUGCCCAGGCCGCCAUCAGGGAGGGUUCGGCGGACAUGCAGAUUACGAACAACAGCUGCAACUGCGAGCACAUCUCCGCCGUCACUGCGAAGGCGCUCGCCGACACCAUGGCCGCUGUGGGCUUUGAAGUGGGCAAGGCCGAGGGUGACUGGGCAUGGCAGCUGACAGACUCGAACAUGACGGAUCUUCUGACACUGACCGAGCUUGGCAUCGAGGAUCCGGAGGUCAGCCUCCUCAACAUCAUGGGCGAGAUGAAACGCAUGCCCAACGUCACCAAGCAGCGGGAAAUCGUUCAAUGGAUUUUGGUCCGCAUGCCCAUUGUGCAGAACUACUUAGCCCACCUUCAAACCAAGCAGGUCAUGGAUCCCGCGUCUUUGAAGGCCUACCAUCAGAAACUCACGUGGCUCCGCUUCUUCGAGAUCCUGUUGGCCGUCUUCAACGAGGCCGAGGACGCCGACCUGGGUGAUGCACUUCAUGGUCCCAGUCUUAAGUUCCGGCAGGAGAAUGUGGCCUUGGGGUUGCUGACGGCAGCCACGGCCGUGUUGACGAAGUUCAGCUGGGACGGUGCCAUGCUCAAGAUGGAGAACUCGGCUGCCUUCAACGACUGGAACGUCGCCUUGUACACGGUCUGGAACUACCGCCUCGCCUCUGCGCAACUCCGGCGGGACCGUCGGCACCUCCACCUCUGGCAUGCGCUGGGGCUGCCGAUCCUUGAGUCCAUCGGAAACCAUGGAACAGCCGACUAUUUCAUCAACUAUCGACGCGACGGACUCUACACCGCCACGAUCGCCAUGCAGGAGAUGCCUUAUCCAGAUGAAGCCAGGUGUCGCGAAUCUUUCGUCAAGAAGAAGUUCGGUGAUGCGCAGGAUUCACUCCGCCGACUGUUAGCAAGUUUGCGCACAGAUCAGCGCCAAAUCGCCGAGGCUUUUCGCCGCUUCGACGCUGAUUCGUCCGGGCAUCUGGACGCGGACGAAUGCAAGAACAUGUGUGCCUAUCUCGGGUGGGGCCUCGAGGAGGCGAGCCUCAUGGACCUGGACAAAGACGGCCGCAUCACGCUGUCCGAUUUCCAGGGCUUCGUGGGGCGCAUGGGAGGCGUUCAGCAGCUCUUUGAGCACCGCCGUUUGCGGAUCUCAUCCAGUCGGAAGGCGCGCAAGCGUUUCGUGGCAGACUUGCCGAGUAUUUCCCAGAUGGGCGAGUGUAUGCAGUACAUGGGUCGCCUCUCCGCGUUAUAG